AUCCUCGCCAGUCUUCACGGCCAAACCACGAUGCGACCCAGCUCUCUAAUUCGCACGCUUAGGGCCGGCGCUAGGCUCGGCAGGUCCAGCGACCCACCCGGACCGACGCAAUCGCUACCCGGUAACCGUCAGAUCGGACGGCCAGAAUGCGACGGCCGUCGCUCCAGACCCGCCGAGAGCGCAGAUAUUCCCCGCCAGUGGCGUGGGGAGGCGGGCUUUCCGCGCAUCUGCGAGCGCUUCCUCUCCUCCGCUUCCCCAGGCGCAGGUCCGGAAGCCGCCGCCCCCCCUGGCCCGGAAGCAGCUGCCGCGCUCCCCCGAUUUGAUUCGCCUCAAAUCCAUCCUCCCUACCAUGGCCAAUCAGAGCGCCCGCCACGCGCACUGGCAGAGUCUCCAGCCUCUGCCGCACUUGCCGGCAUUGACUGGCGUGGCUCUCUAGAGCGGGUGGGCGUGAGAGGCGCCAUAGACAGGGCGGAAGUGGGGGGACGUGAGGGGCAGCUAGAUGCGGGUGAGAGAGCCACGGACGCCGCAGCAUGUCUGGCUGCUGUGCAUGCCGUGCCACGUGUACCUGCUACAGAUGCAAUGCCGUUGGUCGCAGUGGAAGAGAGCAGCAUUCACACUGUUCUGGGCACGGCCAGGUACGUGACUGCCACGUGUCGCUUCACCAUUGGUGGAUCGACAGUAUCAGCAUCAGCCAAAGCAGCAUCAAUAUCAAGAGAAGCAGCAACAGCAGCGGCGUGCACUUUGAAAGACCUUGCUGCACGGCUGGGCGGCACACCAUCCGUGGUUGCUGCGUUUGUUUCCGGGGGAGGUACAUCUGAGGCAGGUAAAGACAAAGCAGGCGUUGUUCUGUCCGCCCUAGGCCGGGAGAUGGAGAGGAGGGGGCUCACGGUGGGAGAUGGGGAGGAGGAGAGGGUGCCAGAGGAGGCAACCCCUGGGGAAGGGGUGCCGUUCUUUGCAUGCGCGGGUGGUGGCGGCAUGGAGUGGGGGAAAUGGGGCGCGGAGGCGCACCUGCUGGAGGCACACAGGGGCGCUGGGAGCGAUGAGGACGCGGAUGGUGGAGGUGAGAGUGAGGGGGAGGAUGAGGGGGAGGAUGAGGGGGAGGAUGAGGGGGAGGGUUUGGAGUGGGAGGAGGUGGUGAUGGCGGCAGCGGCAGAGGAGGUGCUAGAAGGAGUGAUGCUGCUGGAGCUGAUAGAGGACAUGGAGCACAUCGACAGGGAGAUGCACGCCUUGGGGCUGCGAGACAUCGGGGCCUUGGGGUUGCAAGACAUCGGGGCCUUGGGGUUACAUGGGUGGAGGGAGGAGAAGGAAGAGGAGGUGAGGGAAGAGGAGGAGGGAAAAAAGGAGGUGAGGGAAGAGAACUGCACACUAGCACCUUCCGCUGCGUCUGUCUCUCCUCUCCUCGGACAAGCCCUGCCAGAGUCCUCUAAUUGGUUCGCUGAGUCCAUUCGAGCAAUCACAGAAGGACACGUGGCGCAAGCAGAAGGCACGGUUUCCCAACACCUGGAGGCAGCUUCCAGGAGGUUUCAGGGCCUUGCAGAGGGCCUGCAGACGCGUUUAGAGGCGCCCCAGUACAAGCUGCAAGGGGUGGCAGAGUCCAUACAGGCAAGAAUAUUGCCCUCUGCCCGCGCGCUACAAGGAAGGGAGGUGCUGCAAAGAGGAGCUGUUUCACCCAGAGGAGAUGGUGUGACAGGGAGGCCGGAGGGGAGGGGAGAAGGGAUGAGUGAGGAAUUGGUAGUGGUGGUGUGCGGUGCUGCUCUGCCCGGUGUUGAUGUGCGGGCCUUUGAGCUGCAAGGGGAUGGGUUUCCAGAUCUGGGCGGCAGCAUGCAGCACAUGGUGACAAGCAAUGCCGCCCACUUUGUGGUUGCAGGGCAGCAAGGCCCUCCCCUUGCAAACCUCCUUUCACGCCUUCACAUCAUCUUCCCACACUCCUCCAGGGCAUCCCUCCUCUCUCAGCGCCAUGUCAGUCGCACACAGCAGCUUGCCACACAGCAGCUCGCCACACAUCCCUCUCCACCCGUUUCAAUUGCCGGCCUCUGCUUUUCCCUCAACCCCUCUGCCGAGCAGCAGAGCAGGGAGGCCCUGCAUGCAUGCUUCUCACACCUCAUCCACCACCUUGCCUGCCCACUCGCCUCGACCCCCCUGUCCGCCUUGCCAUGCGGCCCCACCGCUACAUCUGCUGCUCCCACCCUUGAAGGGCCUCGAAGCACAACUGCGUCUGCUGCUGCUCCAUGCCUUUUUGUAAACAAGCCCCUUGCAACCUCUUUGCAAGCCUUGGUGAAGCCAUACCAUGUCGCAGAGCCUAUCCAAGGGCCAAUUGUAGCCGAGGCAAGUGCGCUUCAAUGACCAAGCUGUAGCUAGAGAUGGUAGGAUAUACAUAAUCAAAUCAAAUACUGAUUUUUCUGAAACCUUGAAUUGCAUUUGCAUAACAACAUUUGC